AUGACAACUGCCAGACUUAUCGCAGCGAUAAACAAGGAUCAGGAUGAACAAAACGACAAAUUCGAGAAUAAGGAAGAGGUACUCCGAGAAUGGAAACAAAAUGAAGCCAUACGCCAGUACAACGAGGAUCUUCCAGACACAGCGCCUCCGACGCAAUACGACCCUUGCGAAGGAAUAACUCAGGAAGAAAUCAACGACCUUGAGAAACCGGACUGGGAACAACACGAAGACCGAUACGGAAUACAAGGUAUCAUCGAAGAAAAUAAACGCUACGACGAAAUCCAUGAGGAUCACGGAGCCGCCGAAUGCGGACAACAGGAAUUCACGCUCUGCAACAAAGACCGUUAUAAGAAACACCAGUACCAACGCCGAGCCCUCGCAUGUGUCACCCACAACUUGGAACAACAAGGAUUCAACCUUAUGAAGCACGGCAACGACGACGAACUACGAGGAAUCAACUGGAACGACCUUCGGAAGUACCACAAGCUCACCACCAGACACGUACCCAAGCCCGGAUGCACCUGGUGCGAACGCUAUAACGUUCGAAACAAAGAACCAGGAUGGAUCACCUCAGACCUAGACAACAUCGAUAUCGACCCUUACGGUAAUAAUUAUUACGACGGCGCCGAUGAUGCGACCUACUACAACUUGAAUACCCUUACAGGAGGAAAGAAACUACGAAAAUUCCAAGUACCAGGCACCUUGGAAGGACAUCCGAUUACAGUCUAUAUAGACUCCGGAGCCACGACAAGCUACAUUACGCCUUAA